AUGAUGAACGUCCUCCGGUCUAUGUUCGGGGUUUGCAGCAGUUCCGGGGAGAAGGGGGAAGUGCACGAUAUGAUUAAAAAGAUAUUCGGAAGUGAAUUAGUUAUGAAAGAUAAUACGGAUCGGCAUAACCAAAGGACGAAAUAUGUAAGCCAUAUACGAGAUAAUCUACCUAAGAUGCUGGACGCUAAGUUACUCAGUCCUAAGUCGAAAUCGUCAAAGAAACAGCCGCAAGUCGCUAACGAGGGAACAGAGUCAACGGACGAUCGAGCUGGGCGAAUAGGGCCGAAAAUUGUUGUGUUCGAUGCGUCAACAGGCACCGGUCGUCUGGUCCUGGUUGGUGACGAGAGGGUCAGCGUCCAAGGCCUGUCGAGUUUCGCCACCAUCAAGGCAACAGCCUGCGUUUAUGCUGGCAAAUGGAUGUACGAGGUGCAGUUAGGAACGAAGGGUAUUAUGCAGGUGUUUACGAAAGUUUUCUAG